AUGGUGGAGGAUGUCAAGCUGAGCAACCCUAAGUGUCCAUGCUGGGGUAGCAGAGUGGUUACACUUGAUGCCAACGAUUUGCCAGAUGUGGAGGACAUGAUCAACAGUGUUGCAGCAGCCACGCCAAUGGCAAUGGACUGGGAAGGCACCAUUGACCUGACUUUGCCACCGCCAGAGCCUGUGCCCAUCACUGUCAAGCUGCUGUCCUCCCCUGCCCAACUUCUGCUCCUGGAGGUACUGGACAAGAUGUGGCCUGGGUUGCGGACUUUUAAUGAAGUCACGUGCGACAUCACCCACAUCCGUAGCUAUACGGACAAGGCUACACUGGGCCAUGUUCUUUGGGGGCAAGCCUUCAAGGAGGUGUAUGGAUUCAAGGGAAGGUACAAAACUUGGUAUGAACAUGCCAAGUUGUUGGAGUCCGCCAGCCUGAAGAAGCUCAUCAAACAGUUCAGCAAACGGCCAGGCAGUACAUGGGCGAGGUUCUGGCUGCGUGCCCAGAGGAAGAAUGAUGGACGUCUGAAGGAUGGCGAGGUGGAGAUGGACAAUCAGGCUUGGUGGGUGGAGUCGGAUGAAGAAGGAGAGUAA